AUGGAUCACUCACACAUGGACCACGGCCACAUGGAUCACGGCCACAUGGGCCACGGCGGCAUGGACAUGCCAUCCGACAUGUGCAACAUGAACAUGCUCUUCACCUGGUCGACGGAGAACCUGUGCAUUGUCUUCAAGCAUUGGCACGUCCGCGGGACGUUCUCGCUGCUCGUCUCGCUGCUCGGCGUGGUGCUGCUGACGGCGGGCUAUGAGCUUGUGCGCGACGUGUCGCGGCGCUACGAGGCGUACGAGCUGGGGAUGCUACGUGUGGGGGAUGGAGAUAGGGCUUCGGGACUGCCGAGUAGGUACCUCCGUUCAUUCUGCGCGACGGGUGUGAGAGACGGGGGAGAGGGUGGUUGA